GUACCAAAGAAAACCUACGAGUGGAAGUACCAAAUAAGAAUAAUCAGCAAUUUAACUGUGCUUCGGAAAUGAACGGUGCUUUGGAACCAAUCUUCUCGUACGCCAAAGCCCUAGGAUGGCGCGGAAGAAUAUUUUCAGCAUUUGGAUUCCUACUAGCCACAGAAGCGGUCUACGAGGUGUAUCUGUUUGUGCAGGAGGCAAUAAGAAAGCGGAAAUCUAUCAAGGAAAUAUGUGAGGUGCGGUUCAUGAACAGGAUAAACGCGGCCGAUUGCUCCCCGAAUUUGUCGGACAUGAAGUUCGCGAACGUUUCCUAUCUGGUUAGCUACAUCGAUCGGGCACAGGAAUCUAUCUGCCUGUCCAUGUACAUUUUAACGCUGAUGGACGUACGUCUCGCCCUGCUUCGGGCAAGAAAGGAAAGGAACGUUACUGUCCGCGUGGUGUGCUGUGAAUCGAUGGUGUACAACGAAGGUUCACAGACGCGUCAUUUGGAUGAAGAUUGUUUCGUACGCUUCAAAGUGAACAGCGAGUAUCUUAUGCACCACAAGUUUUGCUUGCUGGACACCGAGUGGUUGUGUGCCGAGUGUCUUGUUAAAGAGCAUCGUCAGCUGGCCGGCACAAUACGGAGGGAGAUGCAAUUUACGCUGUUCGAUAGGGCACUUUUUGACGACAUGGAAGGGCUGAAAAAAGCUUUCGGCAGCUCGUGUGCAGUUUGUGAUAACGGUAAACGUAAAAAGCGCCCGAAUUCCGUCAGCAAUCCACUGCCGAAAGGUGGAAUGCUUAUUACCGGCUCGGCUAACUGGACAGUGCCGGCAUUGAGCGUACACUGGGACAAUAUGAUUUUUACAUCCAUACCUGCCAUGGUGCGACCAUUUGCAGUCGAAUUUCAACGGCAGUGGUACGAAUUGAGUGAUUGCGAGAAACAUUGUUAACUUUUUCUUUUCUAAAUUGUA